UCUUGGAGAGCAAGAAGCACAAGCCAGCGCAGCACCAGGAAUCGAGGAGCAGCAAGCAAUACUUUCCCCUUUCCAUUUCCCCCUCACAAUUCGCCUUAUUAUUUAACCGCGCCGUCCCCAUUCUUGGACAGCAAGAAGCACGCCACCACCCCGCCGCCGAAAGCGAGCCAGAGAGAGAGAGAGAGAGCAAGAAGAAUCCGAAUCCCCGCCCAGCCGAUCUCCUCUUCCCCCUUCCCAGUCGCAGAUCUGGCGGCGAGAAAGGCGAUGGUGUCGAACGGGGAGCUGUCGCAGCCGGAGGCCGGGGAGUACGGCGCCGCGGUGAUGCGGCGGCGGCCCAAGACCAAGAUCGUGUGCACGCUGGGGCCGGCCUCGCGGUCGGUGGAGAUGAUCGAGAAGCUGCUGCGGGCGGGGAUGUGCGUCGCCCGCUUCAACUUCUCCCACGGCUCCCACGAGUACCACCAGGAGACGCUCGACAACCUGCACGCCGCCAUGGAGCGCACCGGGAUCCUCUGUGCCGUCAUGCUCGACACCAAGGGUCCAGAGAUCCGUACUGGAUUUUUGAAAGAUGGGAAGCCUAUUCAGUUGAAGAAGGGUCAAGAAAUCACAAUCUCCACAGAUUAUAGCAUAACGGGGGAUGACAACAUGAUAUCAAUGAGUUAUAAGAAGUUAGCAAUUGAUCUGAAGCCAGGCAGUAUCAUAUUAUGUGCUGAUGGUACCAUCACUCUCACUGUGCUUCAUUGUGAUAAACAGCAAGGCCUUGUUCGCUGCUGUUGCGAGAACACUGCUAUGCUUGGUGAGAGGAAGAAUGUCAAUCUUCCAGGGGUGGUUGUUGAUCUCCCAACACUCACUGAGAAGGACAAGGAGGAUAUCCUUAAUUGGGGUGUCCCGAACAAGAUUGAUAUGAUUGCUUUGUCGUUUGUCCGCAAAGGUUCAGAUCUUGUGCAGGUCAGGAAGGUACUUGGGGAGCACGCCAAAUCAAUAAUGCUGAUGUCGAAGGUUGAGAACCAAGAGGGAGUUGCCAACUUUGACGAUAUCCUGGCACAGUCAGAUGCUUUUAUGGUAGCUAGAGGUGAUUUGGGGAUGGAAAUUCCUGUAGAGAAGAUCUUUUAUGCACAGAAGGUGAUGAUUUUCAAGUGCAACAUUCGGGGCAAACCAGUGGUGACUGCUACCCAGAUGUUGGAGUCUAUGAUCAAGUCUCCUCGCCCUACUCGAGCAGAAGCAACAGAUGUCGCCAAUGCAGUUCUUGAUGGCACAGACUGUGUCAUGCUCAGUGGCGAGACAGCUGCUGGGGCUUAUCCAGAACUGGCAGUGCAAACUAUGGCAAAGAUCUGCUUGCAGGCAGAGUCAUGCGUCGACUAUUCUGCUGUUUUCAAAUCAAUCAUGUCAUCAGCCCCAAUUCCCAUGAGCCCAUUGGAGAGCCUUGCGUCAUCAGCGGUCCGCACAGCAAACUCUGCUAAGGCGACACUUAUCUUGGUGCUGACUAGGGGAGGAACAACUGCAAGGCUUGUGGCCAAGUAUAGGCCAUCAAUGCCGAUACUGUCUGUUGUGGUUCCGGAGCUGAAGACCGUUGAGUUUGACUGGACCUGCAGCGACGAGGGGCCUGCUAGGCAGAGUCUCAUUGUGAGGGGUGUAAUCCCUAUGCUGAGCGCUGGAACUGCAAAAGCCUUCGACAGCGAAGCCACUGAAGAGGCACUUAGGUUUGCCAUGAAGAAUGCGAAGGAGUCGGGGCUUUGCAACGCUGGUGAUUCCAUUGUGGCCCUUCACCGCAUCGGGAAUGCAUCUGUCAUCAAGCUAUUGACUGUGAACUAGGGGCAGCAACAGUACAACACCAUUUUGUUUGGGGAAUUUUUUGUGCGAGACCACGCAUAUCCACAGAUUUUUGUUGCCAAGAUUACUUCUUGGUAAAACCUUUAUGUUAUGAAGUUGUGGCUGUUCACUCUUUAAAGGGUAAACGUUGAAACAGUGAAACUCUUGUUUAGCUGCUGCUACUUCUAUGACGAUUGAACCACUUGGUAGUUGCUUCAUUUUCACCUGUCAA